AUGCGCAGGGGCCUCGGCAGCGAGGCGUUGCUGCGCCGGCACCGCGCACGGGCGCGGCUGUGGGUCGCCGUUGCGGCGCUGGUUAUCGGCACCAUCUGGCUCUGGUCCUCCUCCUCCGUUGUCCUCUUCGGCACCCACAGGGUCCAGGAUUUUGUUGUAGAUGAGUUGUGGAGAACUGCAGAUUCAAAUGGUUGGAGAGCAUCUUCUGCACCACGCACCUAUUGGCCUCCCCCACCAACUGAAUCCGAGAGCAAUGGGUACUUACGUGUCCGGUGCAAUGGUGGCUUGUCCCAACAACGAAGUGCAAUAUGUAAUGCUGUUGUUGCAGCACGAAUCAUGAAUGCUACACUAGUGCUGCCAGAGUUAGAUGCAAAUUCAUUCUGGCAUGAUGAGAGUGGUUUUGUAGAUAUGUAUGAUGUUCCCCACUUCAUCAAGACAUUGAAAUAUGAUGUUCGAAUUGUUAUGAGUAUUCCAAAAAUCACUGCACAUGGAAAGUCCAAGAAGCUCAGAGCUUAUAAGAUUGAACCACCUAGAGACGCACCAGUUACUUGGUACAGGACAACUGCUCUGGAGAAGUUGAGGAAGUAUGGUGCGAUAUAUUUAACUCCAUUUUCACACCGUUUGGCAGAAGAAAUUGAUGACCCAGAGCUCCAGAGAUUGAGAUGCAGGGUGAAUUAUCACGCACUACAGUUUAAGCCAAAUAUCAUGAAAACAAGCAGUGAUAUAGUGAAUAAGCUCCGUUCAGAAGGCCAUUUCAUGUCGAUUCAUCUUCGGUUUGAGCUGGAUAUGCUUGCAUAUGCCGGAUGCAUUGACAUAUUCACACCUAAAGAACAGGAAAUCCUGUUGAAGUAUCGGGAAGAAAAUUUUGCAAAUAAGACCCUUGUCUACAAGAAAAGAAGGCUCAUUGGAAAGUGCCCUUUAACUCCAGAAGAGGUAGGUCUUAUCAUUCGUGCUAUGGGAUUUAAUAACACAACACGGAUUUACCUUGCUUCUGGCAAGCUCUUUGGUGGGGAACGCUUCAUGAAGCCAUUCAAGGCUAUGUUUCCACGUCUAGAAAACAAUAGUAUGAUUGGAAGUGGAAAGCUGGAAGAGGAUAACCGAGGGCUAGCAAGGUCAGCAGUUGACUACAUGGUCUGUCUCCUGUCGGACAUUUUUAUGCCCACGUAUGAUGGCCCGAGCAACUUCGCAAACAACCUCAUGGGUCAUCGCCUAUACUAUGGUUUCCGAACCACAAUCACGCCAAACAGGAAGGCCCUUGCUCCGAUAUUCAUGGACAUGGAGGAAGGGCGUGCAUCUGGAUAUGAGGAGAGGAUCAGGCAGGUCAUGUUCAACACCCAUUUUGGCGCCCCCCACAAGCGCAUCCAUCCAGAGUCUUUCUACACAAACUCAUGGCCAGAGUGCUUCUGCCAGAUGAAAGCUGGGAAUCAAGCUGACCGGUGCCCACCCGACAAUGUAAAUGAUGUUCUUGAAAGUCAGUUCCAGAAUAAAGAGGAUGUGGAAGCGGAAGCUACUAAUCAAACUGACUCCACCAGCUAA